UAUAUACAAGCUUAGGGUUUGUAUUAUGAGGUGUAAUAAUCAAAACUAAGUACUCAAUUCUCUCUAACACGACGUUCUCUCGCUCAUUUCCCUCUAAGAUCUUUCUUGUCUCUUCGUAUUCGUCUUCGUGUUACAGCGACGACAAAGCCAGCGAUCAUCUCAUCCCAAGAUCUAGCUUUAUUGUUCGGAAAUAUUACCAUGAAGAAAGGUGGAGUUACGGUGGACAACAGCCUUAUUUACGAUAAAGAAACUCAGCUUACAGUUCACAAGACUUGUCUUUUCUUCGACGGCGAUGGCUUCACCGUCUAUGACUCCUCCGGCGACCUCGUCUACCGAGUCGAAUCUUACGCUAUCAGUGCUCGUGAACACGCCGAGAUCGUUCUCAUGGACCCCCUUGGCCGCUGCCUCCUCACUGUUCGCCGCAAGAGACCUAGUCUGCAUCAAAGAUGGGAGGGGUUUCUGGGCGAGAGAAAAAGCGGACAGAAGGCAAUCUUCAGUGUCCGAAGAUCUUCGAUGAUCGGACGGUCAAGCGUGACGGUGGAGGUGUACAAUUCCACAGGCGAUGAGUACGAGAUUGAAGGCUCCAUCGCACAGCGCUGCUGCACCAUAUUUGAUGGAGCCAAGACACCAAUGGCUGAGAUUAAACGGAAAGUUGACUGCACCAGUGAAACGGUGCUCGGGAAAGAAGUCUUCUCGCUGUUUCUCAAGCCUGGAUUUGAUGCUGCCUUUGCUAUGGCUCUGGUUCUUGUCCUAGAUCAGAUCAACGCUGAUGAUCGUUCAGAUGAUGAUAGCGGCUCUGGCUCAGGUGAAGAUUGAAGAUCAUAUUCAUAGUACUCUGCUUUGUAAACAUGAUCAUGACAUGUUAUUCUGACUUUUAUUAAUAUAUUGUGUUUACAAACAACAUUAUGCGGGUUGGUUGUUAAAACAAUUUUUUUAGUGUGGGCACACACUAAGUAUUAAAAGUUAUAAGUUUGAUUCAUUUUGAA